AUGGAUGUUGCCAAACCGGUUGGAUCGGAGAUUUCAUCGGUUGACUUCGGCGUUAUGUCGGCCGAUGAAAUUAGAAGGUUGUCGGCUAAGCAAAUCACUAAUCCCAUUGUCUUUGAUAAUUUAGGUCAUCCUAUAGCCAACGGUUUAUACGAUUUAGCCUUAGGAGCCUUCUUGAGAAAUUUGUGUACCACUUGUGGGCUCGACGAGCAUUCCUGUCCAGGUCAUCAAGGUCAUAUUGAAUUGCCAGUUCCCGUCUACAAUCCUUUGUUCUUGAAUCAGGUGUUCCUUUUCUUGAGAUCAUCUUGUCUUUAUUGUCAUCGACUUCGCCUCAACUCUCUCGAGGUUCACAAGUUUGCGUGCAAGCUUCAGUUGAUUCAAUAUGGAUUGCUUCUUGAGUGUCAGGAGCUCGAGGAUAUGCUGUCACAAGAUGGUUCUUCCGCUGACGAUGAGGAAGAUGGUAGCAAGGAACAUAUUCCAAGCGACUCUCAAACCGUUGGUCUUAUUAAACUGAAGAGGGAGUCAUUUGUUGAAGCUGCUAUUUCGUCAGCUUUGAGUGAAGGAAGAACGAACGCUAACGGAAUUGUCACUGAAACUGUCGGUGAAGUGCGUAAGGAAGUCGUUGGAACAUUUUACAAGAAGAUUUUGUCUAGGGGAAAGUGUGAGAACUGUGGUAUGUUCUCUCCAACAUUCCGUAAAGAUGGCGCUGUCAAGAUUUUUGAAAAUUCCUUGACGGACAAACAGGAAAGCAGCAAUAGAGUCAAAGGCGGCUCACGCCCAGAUGCUUUGAAGAAGCAGCCCACCCAAAGCUCGACUUCUUUAGGUUCAAAAUCUAAGGCUGGCUCCAAGUACGUCCUUCUGACUGAGGUGAGAUACAUUUUGCGCAAUGUGUUCAAGAACGAGCAAGUGGUUAUGCAAAAAAUCUUCCACUCACUCAGUGCAGACAUGUUCUUUAUCCACUCACUCAUUGUGCCUGCCACGAGAUUCCGUCUUCCAUCGAAGCUUGGCGAUGAAAUUCACGAGAAUGCUCAGAAUGAGCUUUUGUCGAACGUAUUGAAAACGUGUUUGCUAAUCAGGGAUUUGAACGAUCAGAUCUCUGCCUUGUUUAGCAAAGACAAAUCAGCAAACUCAGACAGCCGGAAGUUGUUGUUCAACAGGUUGAUGAACGCAUUUGUGACAAUUCAAAACGAUGUGAACGUGUUCAUUGAUUCGACGAAAAAUAUGAACGGUAGUGGCGGAAAGCAACCAACACCAGGUAUUAAGCAGGCAUUAGAAAAGAAAGAGGGUCUUUUUAGAAAGCACAUGAUGGGUAAAAGAGUGAACUAUGCUGCCCGUUCGGUCAUUUCUCCUGAUCCUAAUCUAGAGACCAACGAAAUCGGUGUCCCUCCUGUGUUUGCUGUGAAAUUGACUUACCCUGAACCAGUCACCUCCCAUAAUGUUUCCCAAUUGAGACAGGCUGUCAUAAAUGGUCCUGAUAAGUGGCCUGGUGCUAUCGAAGUUCAAAACGAGGAUGGCUACAUGACUUCAUUGGUGGGUAUGACAAUCGAGCAAAGAAAAACCGUUGCCAACCAGCUUCUUACCCCCUCCAAUGGCUACUCCAGUUUGAAUAAAAAAGUAUACCGUCAUAUCAAAAACAACGAUGUUGUUGUUAUGAAUCGUCAACCUACAUUGCAUAAGGCUUCCAUGAUGGGGCACAAAGUCAGAGUUUUGCCAGGUGAAAAAACUCUCAGAUUGCACUACGCUAACACAGGUGCUUAUAACGCAGACUUUGAUGGUGAUGAGAUGAACAUGCAUUUUCCACAAAAUGAGAAUGCAAAAUCAGAGGCUCUUAAUCUUGCGAACACUGACUCACAAUAUUUGACACCAACCUCUGGAUCUCCACUUAGAGGUUUGAUUCAAGAUCAUAUUAGUGCUGGUGUUUGGCUCACAAAUAAGGAUACCUUCUUCACGAGAGAAAAGUAUCAACAACUCAUUUAUGGAUGCAUUCGUCCUGAGCAUGGACAUACGAAUGGAAGUUCUCGAAUUCUCACUGUUCCUCCUUCCAUAUUAAAGCCUGAACCACUUUGGACAGGAAAGCAGGUUAUCACCACCAUUCUUUUGAACAUCAAGCCGAGGGGCGUCCCAGGAAUCAAUCUUGAGUCAAAGAACAAAGUUAAAAAUGAAUACUGGGGUGUGGGAUCUCAAGAAAACAGUGUUAUUUUCAAGGAUGGUCAGCUCCUUUGCGGCAUCUUGGAUAAAUCUCAAUAUGGAGCUGCCCAAUAUGGUAUUGUUCAUUCUCUUCAUGAAGUUUAUGGGCCAGAAGUUGCUAGCAAAGCAUUAUCUGUUCUCGGAAGACUUUUUACCAACUACACAUUAAGCACUGCUUUUACAUGUGGCAUGGACGAUUUGCGACUCACAGGAGAAGGAAAUAGUUGGAGGACUGAAAUCUUGAAAAAGUCAGUCGACAUUGGGCGGGCAGCUGCUUGUGAAGUCACUAAUUUGACUGAUGAUACCGCGAAUAAUGAUGGCGAAUUGUUGAAAAGACUUGAGGAAAUUUUGAGAGAUGAUGGAAAACUGGGAAUUUUGGACGCAAUUACUCAGUCGAAGGUCAAUGCAAUCACAUCUCAAGUUGUUGGAAAGUGUAUCCCCGAUGGAACGAUGAAGCGUUUUCCUUACAAUAGCAUGCAAGCAAUGGCUCUAUCUGGUGCGAAGGGUUCCGGUGUUAACGUCUCCCAGAUUAUGUGUUUGUUGGGUCAACAGGCCUUGGAAGGUAGAAGAGUACCCGUCAUGGUCAGUGGAAAAACACUUCCUUCUUUCAAACCUUUUGAAACUGACGCCAGAGCUGGUGGUUACAUUAAGGGUAGGUUCUACUCAGGAAUUAGACCUCAGGAAUAUUACUUCCAUUGUAUGGCUGGAAGAGAAGGUUUGAUUGAUACGGCUGUCAAGACAUCGAGAUCCGGCUAUUUGCAGCGUUGUCUUACAAAACAGUUAGAAGGUGUCCAUGUCGCAUAUGAUAAUUCUGUCAGAGAUGGUGAUGGCUCUCUACUUCAAUUCCUUUAUGGCGGCGAUGCUAUUGAUACCACCAAACAAUCUCACAUGAACCAGUUUGAUUUCUGUCUCAAGAAUUAUGACGCUUUGGUGAGCAGAUAUAAUCCUGGUGAUUUGGCUGAUCAUUUGGAUACUGACACUGCUUUGUCGUACGCCAAAAAGGUUCGGAAGCAGCUCAAGAAGGUUAAGCUGUUGAAGCAUUAUGAGCAGAAUACGAAAUAUGAUCCCGUGCUUUCAGUGUUUAACCCAUCGAAAUAUUUGGGGUCUGUCUCGGAAACAUUCCAAGACAAAUUGGAUGACUUCUCUAAGCAGUAUCCAGACCUCUUCUCCAAAAACCUGGCUAAUGGCGUAAGCGAGAAGAAGUUCAAGGCCUUGAUGCAGCUCAAGUAUAUGAGGUCUUUGAUCAACCCCGGAGAGGCAGUAGGUAUUGUCGCGGCACAAUCCAUUGGUGAGCCCUCCACUCAAAUGACUUUGAAUACUUUCCACUUCGCUGGCCACGGCGCUGCUAAUGUGACGCUUGGAAUUCCAAGAAUGAGAGAGAUUAUCAUGACUGCAUCAGCAUCUAUCGCUACACCUCAAAUGUCACUCCCUAUCUUGGAUGAUGUCGACAAUUCGAUGGCAGAUUCCUUCUGCAAACUGAUCGGAAAAGUACAUCUAAGUGAAUUUAUCGACGAUGUCACUGUCACAGAAACUACCGGAAUUGAGGAGGGUAACUCUACUUCAUACAGAUCUUACAAGGUCAAGAUGAACUUCUAUUCCAAACGUGAAUACGAAGGUGAAUACGAUAUUUCACAAAAUCAGUUGGAGAAAAUCUUAUCAUCUAAGUUUUUGGACAAACUCGAGUUGGCUAUCAACAAGAACCUCAAAGCACAAGUCAACAAUUCCUCCAAACCAGCUAUUGGAAAAGCUAUGCCUAAGGCACAAACAGAUGCUGCUUUACCUAGUGCAUCUUUCCAAGAUGAGACGGGUGAUGAUGAUGCGACUGAAGAAAAAUUGAAAUCAAAUUCAAAACAGGCCGUGUCGUACGACGAGCCUGAUUCAGAUGAGGUAGAGAAUAUGCGAAAAGCAGAGCAAACCAGUGAAGAGGAACUUGAAGAGACUGAUGAUUCUGAGUCUGAAUCUGAUAGUGAAUCCGAGGACGAAAGUGGUGGAAAUCUUGUCAGCGACGAAGCGAAAGAAAGUAAGAGGUAUCCACGAGAAUUGACCAAAUCUGCAAGGGAUAGGCAAGCAGAAGUAAUCUCAUCGCAUCAUUUUAUAAAGAAAUAUGAUUUCGAUGAUGUUAAUGGAGAAUGGUGUGAGUUUGAGAUUGAGCUCCUUGGCAAUGUGCAGAAACUCUUGAUGGUGAAUAUUAUUGAGGACUUAUGUCGUGGAGUUGUUGUUAGAGAAAUCUCGAAUAUUGGAAGGUGUCUUCGUCCUCAGCCCGACAAUGGAAAGCGCACUUUGACUACUGAGGGUGUGAAUUUUAAGGCCAUGUGGGAACAAGAUGAUUUCAUUGAUGUCAAUGCAAUCACCUCGAACGAUAUUGUCUCAGUGUUGAAAACUUACGGUGUGGAAGCUGCGAGAAAUACCAUUGUGAAUGAGAUUAAUAAUGUUUUCUCGACAUAUGCCAUUUCUGUUUCUACACGCCACCUUGACCUCAUUGCCGACAUGAUGACGAGAGAAGGUACCUAUCGUGCAUUCAAUAGACAGGGUAUUGACUCAUCAACAUCUGCAUUCAAGAAGAUGUCUUACGAGACCACAUGUCAAUUUUUGACCAAGGCUGUGCUAGACGGAGAGAGGGAGGAUUUGGACUCACCCUCUGCAAAAAUUGUUAUGGGUUUGUUAUCGAAUGUCGGUACGGGAUCAUUUGAUAUCAUGACAAAUCUAGAGAAUUAG